AUGUCACAGGUCAUACAAAACCACGUGUUGCGUGUUGGACAGACCGUGUGUGUUUCCUCACAGGAGGAAAGCAAGAGCUUGCACCCGGCGGGGUACCCCGGCUGCUCUCUGCUGCCGAUGAAGUACGCCUACUACUCAACGGAGGGCUGGGCUGACCCGUCCACGAUGGUGCACACCAACGCACGCCUGCUUCCCGGCGGAGGGCUGUACGGAGCCCACCCCAUAUUUGAGCACAUGGCUGCUCACGCCCAGGGGAAGGGGCAGCAGGAUACCUCUUUGGAGAGACCCGCUGCCCCGUGUCAGGCAAAGGAGAAGGAGGAGGACACCGGCACGGAUCCUGAGGCUCACCUGGUGUCUCCUACCUUGGACAUAUCAAUAGAGAGUCUCAACCAGCUGAUCCUAGAAAUCGAUCCGACCUUUCAGCCGCUCACAUGCAAGCCAGUGAAGGAUGCGGCCCAACCUGCUUCUCAGGGUGAUGCUGCUGCCACCAAGAAACAAGAUCCAGAGGCAAUAGACAUUAAAUACAUAGAGAUGACGCCAGGCAGAGCCACGUGUUCCGAGCUGCUGCAGGGCUCCCCCAGCCCUUUGGGCACGCCGUUCUCGAGGUCCCCCCAGGGCAAUGGCUUCCUGCCCCAAAAAGGGGGACUCAGAGGCAACUACAGCACCAGUGGCAGCGUGGUUUUCUCGAGCCCACCUGGACCCGCGAGCCCCCGCUUGGGCACCCCGAGCUGCGCUGCCUCGCUGACCUGCGGCAAAGCAUCUGAGUGCAUUGCUGUCCCCCAGCAGUGCGCGGCUGGCCAGACGGACAGCAUCUUCUACAGCCCCAGGGCUCUCGGCACCUCCCCGGGCUUCGACAAUUUGCUGAAGCCCGUGCACGUGGUGAGGGCCCGGCAGAGGAGCAGCCGGGUCUCCCUGCUCUCCACAAGCCCUGGCUCAGACACCAGUUACAUCCUUGGAAGCAGCACCCACUCACUCCACAACGACGACUCGGAUGCUCACCCCGCUAUCUGCCGCUCCGCUGACUGCCCGUCCCCUGCCAGCUCUCUGGGCAGCCCCUGCCCCCCUUCCCCGAGCAUCAGGACUCACUCUGGAGAAGCUUUUGGCCUGAGUCCCCACCAGCCCAGGGCAGCCUGCUCCACCAAAGCCAACACCUCCCCGUCCCAGAAGGGACAGGCCAGCAGCUGCCCCCCCUCCAUCCUCAACUCCGCAGCCGACAUCCCGGUGCUGCUGGUGAACGGGUGCCUGGAACAAGGAGAUGCAUCUUCCAAGCUGGCUGAAGCCCCCCCAGCCUCUGUCAAGCAGAGCCCCCCUCCCAGCUGCAGCCUGGCCUUGAGGCUCGGUGGCCUGAACAAUGCCCUGUCGGCACCAGCGCUCUCCUGCGUCUCGGACAGUCCCCUCAGGGCUGGGCAGCCGACCAUGAAGUUUGUGAUGGACACAUCGAAAUACUGGUUCAAGCCGAGCAUAACCAGGGACCAAGCAAUCCAGCUGCUGAAGGACAAGGAGCCAGGCACGUUCAUUGUGCGGGACAGCACAUCGUACCGGGGGUCUUUUGGACUGGCAAUGAAGGUUCCCGUCUCUCCAUCUGGCAGCCAGACAGGCAAUGAGAGCAGUGACCUCGUCCGGCACUUCCUCAUCGAGUCAUCUGCCAAAGGGGUGCACUUGAAAGGAGCCAGCGAGGAGCUGUAUUUCGGGAGCCUCUCUGCCUUCGUGUAUCAGCACGCCAUCACCCCGCUGGCACUGCCCUGCAAGCUGAGCAUCCCCAGCCGAGAUCUUGCUGAUGAAGAAGAUAGCCCUGACUGUGCUCCUGAAUCCGCACUAUCCCUGCUGAAGAACACUGCCGUGUGCAACGUCUUGUACCUCAACUCGGUGAACAUGGAGACGCUCACAGGAGCCCCGGCCAUCCAGAAAGCCAUCUCCUCCACCUUCGAGCUGGAGACGCUGCCCACACCCACCCUCGUGCACUUCAGAGUGACCGAGCAGGGAGUCACGCUGACGGACAUCCAGAGGAAGGUGUUUUUCAGGCGACACUACCCCUUGGCUGCCAUCAGGUUUUGCGGGAUGGAUCCUGAGAACAGAAAGUGGCAGAAGUACUGCAAGUCCUCGAGGAUCUUUGGGUUUGUGGCCAAAAGCCAGACAGAUUCGGAGAACCUCUGUCACCUGUUUGCAGAGUACGACACUGUGCAGCCAGCGUCGCUUGUCAUCGACCUUCUAUGCAAGCUCCUGCCGGGCCCUCUGUCUGGCCUAAGCUCUGCUCAGCCGAGACCCAGCACCCAGCCUGGGGCCGGGCUGGGCGAGCCUGUGACCCCGCGGGCUCCGCACGCCUGUGCCGUCCCCAUCGUGCUGCAAAGCACCAACUUCAAGACCCAGGGGAACGCGGCGCCCCAAGGUCACGGGCAGCUCGGGGGGACGCGGCUCAGCCCCAGCGCCCCGGGCUCGUGCAUCCCCGGUCCCAGCCCCGCAGGGAUCCCCAGCCCCCGGGAUCCCCAGCCCCCCGCGGGGUGUGCAGGAUGCGACCCGCUGCAGUGCGCGCUGCAGCCGGCAAGGGGCCCCAGCACGACACCGUCCAUCCCUGCCUGCGCCCUGCCCGCGCCCUGCCUGCACCCUGCCCGCCUCCUGCCUGCACCCUGCCCGCCUCCUGCCUGUGCCCGGCCCGUCUGCUGGGAGCCGUAA